UUCUCCAUCUGUGAAAUGGGGACACUAUCUGUCUCACAAGAUGUUUGUAUUAUAGAGGAUGAAGGAGACAGUGCUGGAGAGUUUCUCGUGGAGGUAAUUUCCAUGGUCAUGGUGGCCGUGGGGGUCUAUGCCAGGCUGAUGAAGCAUGCAGAAGCAGCCUUGGCUUGUCUGGCGGUGGACCCUGCUAUCCUGCUGAUCGUGGUGGGCGUCCUCAUGUUCCUGCUCACCUUCUGCGGCUGCAUUGGAUCCCUGCGGGAGAACAUCUGCCUUCUGCAGACAUUCUCCCUCUGCCUCACCAUCGUGUUCCUGCUGCAACUGGCUGCUGGCAUCCUGGGCUUCGUCUUCUCAGACAAGGCUCGGGGAAAAGUGAGUGAGAUCAUCAACAAUGCUAUCGUGCAUUAUCGAGAUGACCUGGAUCUGCAGAACCUCAUUGACUUUGGCCAGAAGAAGUUCAGUUGCUGCGGAGGGAUCUCCUACAAAGACUGGUCUCAGAAUAUGUACUUCAACUGCUCGGAGGACAACCCUAGCCGGGAGCGCUGCUCUGUGCCUUAUUCCUGUUGCUUGCCCACCCCUAACCAGGCAGUGAUCAACACGAUGUGUGGCCAAGGUAUGCAGGAUCUGAACUACUUGGAAGCCAGUAAGGUCAUCUACACCAACGGCUGUAUUGACAAGUUGGUCAACUGGAUACAUAGCAACCUGUUCCUGCUUGGUGGUGUGGCACUAGGCCUGGCCAUCCCCCAGCUGGUGGGAAUCCUGCUGUCCCAGGUCCUUGUGAAUCAAAUAAAAGAUCAGAUCAAGCUACAGCUCUACAACCAGCAGCACCGAGCUGACCCAUGGUACUGAGAAUCCUUCCUGCGCCUCCUUACCAUGGUGACGAGCAUCUCAUGGACCAGCAGCAGAGGGUGCUGAGAGCACCCAGUGCAGAUUUGGAUUCCAGCCCCCAAAUGAGGGCCCAGUGGAAAGAAGCAAGCUCCAGAAAACAGGACCCAGAUGGCUCAGGUCUCGGAAGGAUGUGCCUCAUCUCCCCCAUCCUAGCCUCAGCGUUGUCCGAGAAUUAUUCCGUUGUCCUGUUUGUCACCUUGAACAUUUGAGUUUGUGUUUUUAGUUUCCUCUGGGCAGAGGUGUGGAAACGGCGGCGGUACAGAAAGCUGUAGGGUUGCUAACUGCAUACUGGUCGCUGAGACACAACAGACAGCUCUGUUAGGGCUGCUGCUGAGCUAGGUGGACAGUCUGCUGCCAGGGGGACCUGGCUGUGCACAGACACUAGCAGCCCUGCUGGAGUCCAGUUGGCAUAAUUCCGGCUCCAGAGAUGCUGGGAGUGCAGCGGGCAGAGCAGCUGGAGCUUAGGGGUUGGACAGGGACAGCAGGGCAUAUGCGGGAUAGUAGUGAAGAGGGUGUGUUUAUCAAAUGCUUGCCUCGCUGCACUCCCAGGUAGUCAGAGUGAGCUAUAUCCUGCCCCUCCCUCAUUUCCAUGGAAACAAGGCAGCAAGGGCAAGGGGUAUAACAGCAGCCAAAUUCAUCCCCACCAGCUCUGUAAAAUGUUUGAAACCGUGGUCCCUAUAUUCUGCAUUCAGCAGAAGCCGGACUAAGCCAUACAUGCCCUUGAAUUCCUCUCUGUCUGGCCUUCCCGCCCCAGCAAGCGGGGUUUUCUUUAACUUGGCAGAGGAGUGGCGCCACCCCCACCCCCACCCGCAUCCCCUGCACCAGAACUCAGUGUUUCUACAGUGUAAGAAUCGGGAAUCUGGCAGAAAUGGCAAUAAAAGUUUGUUGACAUGGGCUAAGCUGUCCUACAUCAAUUUUCCAUUCGGGCAACUAGAAACGUAGACGGGACCAAACUGUGGCCUGUCUUCUGGAAGAGACUGGAGAGCCCUGAGCUGCACAAAGCCCUCACAUGACCCAUUUCCAUUAGGGUCGAACCCCCGGGUCUAAAUUGGGUAGAAAUGAUUCAAGUUACAGAUCUAUAGGAAUAGUGUUACUUUAUCCAAAAAUCCCAACCUUAGGUUUUUGUUUGCUUGCUUGCUUCCCGCCCUCUCGGGCCCCCCCCCCCCAUUACAGUGGGUUGAAAUUCAUUUAGGAUGGAGCAGGGAACUAGGAGAUAGCACUCUACGUCAGAGUGGAGGGACACCAAGAAGAAGGUUUGACCCAUCCUCCAUCUUUAACUGGAGGAACUGGGAACUAACAACCAGUCUGCCUUAGGGAGGACUCAGCAAGCACUUAGCAGUGUAUAAGGGCUUCCUCCGCCUGGAACGGCUUGCGAGGACGAGGGCGGGGCGCGCUCCGCAGAGGCGGCUCUGCUACAUGGGUGGUCCCCACCCAUGUGACUUGGGAACCUGGGAGGGUGUUCGGGGGUCUUCUCAAGGAUCCCUGCAUUUAGGCCUUUGGAUUAAGGGGGUCUUUGGCCUGGCCCAGAAGACUUAAAGAGAAUCCUUAAGGUUCUAGGAAACAAAAGCGUAGCGGGUGCCUCCCGCCCCCAGGGUUUCCUCUGCCAGCCUUCUGCGCCUGCCUGCGAGGGCUCCUUUCCAGCAAGUGCCUGGGGCCCCGGCCAAUGUUUAGCUCCUAGCUCGAAACAACGGAAAGAAGAAAUAAAAUCACAAA